CUGUCUGAGGCUGCAGUGCAGGGCGCGCUCCCGCUCCAAACAAAGAAACCGUAGCAUCAUCACAUCAGCUCGACUGCAGGUCGUCCUCCAACACCGACAUCUUUCCUAAAGUGCAGCAACCAUGACAGCAAACGGAACCAGCGACAUGCUCAAGAUCCAAUUCGGGCUCAUCAAUUGCGGGAACAAGUACCUCACCGCUGAAACGUUCGGGUUCAAGAUCAAUGCAUCUGCCACCUCCAUGAAGAAGAAACAAAUCUGGACCUUGGAACAGAAUGGGGAUGACUCCAAUAUGGUCUUUCUGAAGAGUCACCUGGGCAGGUACAUUGCGGCCGACAAAGAUGGCAACAUCACAGGUGACAGCGAGACCCCCGGCGUGGACUGCAGGUUUAUAAUAACGGCUCAUGACGAUGGGCGGUGGUCUCUGCAGUCGGAGCCUCACAAGCGCUAUCUGGGCGGCACAGAAGACAGGAUCACCUGCUUCGCCCAGACCAUCUCCAUUGCCGAGAAAUGGAGCGUGCACAUCGCCAUGCACCCUCAAGUCAACAUCUUCAGCCUCACGAGAAAACGGUACGCUCACCUGAGCGCCAAGAACGACGAGAUCGCAAUUGACAGGGACGUCCCCUGGGGCGUCGACUCCUUGAUCACUCUAGUUUUUCAAGACCAGAGGUAUCACCUGCAGACCUCAGAUUAUCGGUUCUUGAAGAAUGACGGCUCGCUGGCUCAAAAACCCGACAAAACCACCGGGUACACGCUGGAGUUCAGGUCGGGAAAGGUGGCAUUCAGGGACUGUGAGGGGAGAUACCUUGCUCCUUCUGGUCCUAGUGGGACCAUGAAGUCUGGCAAGAGCUCCAAGGUCGGAAAAGACGAGCUUUUUGUCAUGGAGCAGAGUCACCCUCAGGUGGUGCUUACCGCUGGCAACGACAGAAACGUGUCCACCAGGCAAGGCAUGGACCUCUCUGCCAAUCAGGAUGAGGAAAGCGACCAGGAGACUUUCCAGAUGGAGAUCAGUAAGGACACAAAGAAGUGCGCGUUUAGGACCUGCUCUGGAAAAUACUGGACCCUCACUGCCAAUGGAGGACUGCAGUGCACUGCCUCCACCAAGACUGCGAACUGCUACUUUGACAUUGAGUGGCGUGGGAAGAAAAUCACUCUGAGGGCAGCCAAUGGAAAAUACGUGGCAGCUAAAAAGAAUGGGCAGCUCGCGGCCACUGUCGAUUCGGCAGGGGAGACCGAGGAGCUCCUGAUGAAGCUCAUCAACAGGCCCAUCAUCGUCCUGCGUGGCGAGCACGGCUUCAUCGGCUGCAGGAAGGUGACCGGGACCCUGGACUCCAACCGCUCCUCCUACGACCUCUUUCAGCUGGACUUCCACAACGGGGCCUACAGCUUGAGAGAUUCCACUGGGAAGUACUGGAUGGUGGGGAACGAGUCCUCUGUGGUCAGCAGCAGCGACACGCCAGUCGAGUUCCUGCUGGAGUUCUGUGACUACAACAAGGUGGCCGUCAAGUCGUCCGACGGCAAGUACCUGAGGGGAGACCAUGCCGGCGUCCUCAGGGCCAAUGCUGAUGCCAUCGACAGCUCCACCAUGUGGGAGUACUAGGAGCACUUUAGUUACCAUUGUGGCUUUUUGGUUCGGAUUUUACUUUAUGUUUUUCUGUUUUUUUUUUUUAACCGUGAUUUUUAUUAAUGUGCAUGUGUACAUGGGGUUUGGAUGGCUGAAAGGGAUGCAGACUGGCCACCAACCACUAACACUGGCAAAGUCUUAAUGAUACUUCACAACAUGCCCAAAAUCUGGGGUCUGAUGCUCUAAGCCGGACCACCCAGAAAGGCUGCUUGGUACACCAGGGUUACAGGGAUCAUUUGUUAGGAUAUUCCCCCAGGACUAGGUCCAUCUGUGCUUUGCUCUGUGACCAAAGUUCUGAGCUCAGUGAUAUUUUUUUUUUUUUUAUUCAGGCAAAUGAUUCAUAGCACACGUGAAAGUCUAUGACCAGACAUUUGAUCAAAGAAUCUGUUGCUUGUGAAGUCCUGGGCUGAUUGGCAUGAAGUCCAGAUGAGAACUUGUCAAGUGGUGCUCUCUGAGAAAAGGCCAUGCAUCCUAAAUUUGGCAAAGGUCAAAGCCAGCAGUCUCAAACAGUUGCUAAAUCUUCAGAGAUGGAAGAGCAAAACCCGCUUUGAAACAAGCUCCUGUGUCUUUCGGCGUUUCGGUGCCCCUCUAUUUGACAAGCACACUUUCACAGCCAUGUGAGAUCUACUCUGAACACAUCAUCCAUCAGCUCUCAGCUGACUGGUCUGACGGGUCUACCUGAACAUUUCAGUAAUUUUAUGCCAAUGCUAAGUGUUUACGUGGUAAAGACCAACCACCGGUAACAGUAUUCAACAGCAGCUGUUUGCUGUUUCGAUUUGUAGUAUGACUUUAAUUUCUCACCAUAUUUUUGAUCCAGUACUAGGAAAAACAUUGAAAAUGCCAGAAUGGACAUUGUAUACAUAGCUGUCUUUUGUUUCCUGAUUUAUUUAAGGGACAUCUGUAAUGUUGUGAUGUCAACUUGUGUAAUAUUGACUGGAAUCUCUCUGCAGGAUAAGAUAUUUUUUUCAGUUGCUUAGAUGGAGAAAUUCAAAACUGGAAAUGUAUUCUGUUGUGGACAUAAGUGGAACGCAAACAAUCACUCAUCUCAGUUGUGUUAAGCAGCUGCUCAAGAUUCUAAUACACAGCCCAACAAAAAGGCAAAGCAUACACAGCAACGUAAAAGAGAUGCAACAGUGUAAUGUACUUUAAAUACAAAUUGGUAUCUGCAACUGACAAUUGAUCGUUGUUACUAUCAGUGCUACAUGAAUGUACAUCCAAAAAUUCUAUUGAUUGCAGGUCAGAAGUCAUUGUUGCAGGUUCAACACGAUGAAGUGGAACCCCCCAAAAAAAAGCCCCUAACAUCCAUGGCCACUGUGGGGUAACCUGUUUACCCCAUUUCCGCUGUAAUACAGUACAGGAGCUUCAAAAAUGCCAAUCCUUUUCAUGACAAAAUAAAUGAAUAUUUUCAGUUUUUAAAGGCACACGUAUUACAUGCACCUGGGGGGGGGACUCUAUUUAAAUAAGGAGGCUGACCUAUGUCAGGCUGUAACCACCUCUGCAGUGACAUCUAUCAGAAGAGAGACAAUGUUUCAUAUCAGUGGGUGAAAAAAUGCCACCAUGUUGUGUGAUUGUGUUUUCAGUCUGUGUGAUAUAAAAGGGUGAAAUGUCACAUGAUGAAGUCAAACGUCAAACUUGGGGGGGGGGGUGGGGGGGGU